CAAUCCCAAACAUCAUAAAUCGUCGCCAUGGCCCCCAAACUCACUGAAGACGAGAUCGAUGAUCUCAUUUACUUUGCUCGUGCUGGAGAAAAGGGAGAUUUGGCCGAGACUCUGAAGAGCCUGGCGGAGCGAGAGAAUGUGACGCCGGCCGAGGUUGUCGCAGCCGCACAGGAUGACGCCAAAUCCACAUGCCUGCACAUGGCGACUGGAAACGGCCAUUUAGAGGUUGUACGAGAACUUGUCCAGUACUUUGAGUCGCGACCAAAGGAGGAGAAGCAGGCAUUCCUUGAUGAGGGCAACGAACACGGAAACACUGGUCUUCACUGGGCUGCUCUUGGCGGCCACCUCGAGACGAUCAAGUUUCUGAUGGAGCAGGGAGCCUCUCCCGCGCUUGCAAACGAGCAGAACUACGUCCCCUUGGAUCUCGCAUACUUCAACAAUCACAACGACGUCGCCCAGCACUUCCUGAAGGCUGCAGAGAGCCUCGAGACUACUAACGAGGAGAGUGGUCUGAGCGCCGCUGUCGAGUCUGUUGAGAUCGAGGAGGGAAAUGAGAAGGCUGAGGAGAAGAAGGAUGACAAGGAAACUGUUUGAGUGAUUUGAGCAGGACACGGCAGGAAACAAGUCAACCAACAGCCCCAAGGGGUCCGAGUGGCUCAAGAGGUUUAAAAUGGGGAUAUGUUCCAGGGGGGGUGGUUGAUUGCUGAACAAAGGACCAUUCUCGCUUCCUGGGUCAUGGGAAUGACAGGAAUUGGAGGCCAGGACACAUAGGCGCAACGGGGGAUUACAUAACAGGGCUCAAGGCAGUGGUUUCUUUGUGGCGAGGCUGUCCGUGUUUUGGACUGCCGCAAGGUAGUCAAGUGGAUAAGAUGGAUAGAAGUCAUCACCUAGAUGGACAUAAGAAUACCAAGAUGGUCGCAUCAAUACCUUCUUCAGGCCCGUUAGCCAUUGCUGUCACGUAAAUCAUAUUGUGAACCUGUACAUUC